GCGCUGCGGGCGCGCCCCCGCCUGCUGGCGCUCUGCCUCGCGCACGCGUUGCUCGUGGCGCCCGCGCUGGCCGCCGCGCUGCUGGCCGCGCUCACCGACGGCGUGGACUACAGGAUCGUCAAGGGGGUGAUGCUGUGGUCGUGCGGCGGCGGCAGCGCCGGCCUGUCGCUGUCGCUGAGUGCGCGUGGCGUGGCGCCGGCGGCGGUGGCACUCGUAUACGUCGGCUCGCUGCUGGCCACGCCACUGCACACCGCGCUGCUCGUGAGUCUCUUACCUUUUUAUUGUUGUAGACUGACUGACGGACCCUGCGGGCAGGCCGCGCUGCCGCCGGCGCCGGGCGUGCUGUGCACGCUGGCCACCACGGCGGCGCCGUUCGCGCUGGGCGCGGCGCGGGGCGGGGCCGCGCGCAGCCCGCCCCCCGCCGAGCAGCUGGCGGCGCUGCUGCUGCUGUACGCCGAGUGCUGCGAGCGGCUGUGCGACGCGGAAGCCAUCCUCUACUUAAGCGACGUGCUGGUGGCGCUGGCGCUGGAGGUGUGCUGCGUGGCGUCGUCGGCGGCGUGGUGCGUGCUGUACGCGCGGGCCGGGCUGCUGUCGCCGGCGGACGCGCGCGUCGUGGCGCUGUGCGCGCUGCCGCGCUCGCUGGACACGCGCUGGGCCAUGUCGUGCGCGGCGCGGGGCAUGUGCCGGCUGCCGGGCGUGUUCGUGGCGCCGGCGCAGGCCGCGCUGCUGGCCGCGCUGGCGCCGGCGCUGCUGGCGGACCGGGACCCUGCGGAGGGCGCCUCGCCUGAGCGGGAGCUGGCGGAGGACGACCCGCCGCUGGAGAGCCGGGGCCGGCCCGAGCCCGGCGACCCGCCCGCCCUCUAGCGGCAGGCUCGGAGCUGAGAUGGAGCGAGUACGAAGCGUCUGGUUGGUGAAUAGAGACGCGCUCGUAAGAAGUAACGCAUCACUAGAUACAGAUCACUGCUAGCUAUAAAAAGGAACUGCCAAUGUUUUUGUUAAGAUGUAAGCAAUCCUAACCAGAGGCCUUAUAAUUACAGCCUUGAGUAUAUACCAAUUACCAAUAGGUUUACUGUGCGGCACAUAAAGGCACUAGAGAGAAUGACUUGGGUCAUGCUCAGGCGACAACAUGAUAUGUUGAUACGUGGUUGUGUCACUAAUUAUAAAUCUAGACUAGGCUACAAGCAGGUAGGUAGUAAUGGAACAACUAGGUAUUAUAUUGCAUUGGGCACACUUUGAGUAACUCAAGUUCUUCCUAUUCUUCGAUUUUAAUUAUGACCACAUUGAAUGUGGAGUUACUAUACUACUUGAGUAAUGACGAUUUUUCAAUCAACUAAUUAAUUAGUUGCCAUCUUAAAAGUACUUUGUUCAAAGUUGUUGUGUUAAAACGAUUUUAAAAACUAUUAAUAAUAAAGAAUUAUUUCUAAUUA